AUGUCCUCCUCCAAGGACUUGCCUCCGCAACUGGAGCCAUUCUUCUCCGACCAGCUCACGAAGAACCAGUUCCGCACACGAGCACACCCGAUACCCAAGAGCACAGACUUGACCGGCCAGGCGGCCAUCGUGACGGGCUCCAACACGGGCCUCGGCCUGACCUGCUCUGGCUUUGCCACCCGUGUCGAUACAGAAUUGGUCCGUCAUGAUGUUGCCAUCGUCAAUGCCGGUGCUGUCACGGGCCACGAGCAGACAAUCCAGGUGAACUACCUGCCGACUAUGCUUCUCGGCAUGUUGCUGCGGCCUGCCCUCUCAACAAAUUCCCCAACAAAAAUGUCGACCACUGCUGCCAACCUCUGA